CUAGAGCAGAGCAGCAGCUUCUUGCAAAUAAGGGCACAGAGUUAAUUAAAUGGUGCACAACUUGAUUAAUCAGAGGGUGUUAGUGUUUGCACGACAGACGCAAUGUUUAACCUGCUCUAGCAGAAGCACCAAGGGCUUUAUAAAGAAGGACCUACUGUUGAUUCUCUACAUACUGUACAAGAACAUGGACUGUUUCUAUGGAGAACAAUUUUGAGUUUUAAAAGAAUUCUGAACAGAUGGAGACAAACAAUUCUGGAGUCAACUGCUCCCAAAGAAGAGAGAGACUAAUAAAGCUUCCCAUUCUACCUUCCAUGGAACUUUUCCAGACAAUUGUAUACAUUCCUACAUUUAUCCUUGGAGUUCUGUUUAAUGGAAUGGCGAUAUGGUUCGCUUUACGGAAGAUCAGAAAGUUAACAGAGCCUGUAAUCUACAUGGUGUCACUUAUGGUUUUAGAUCUCUUUGUACUCUUUGCCAUUCCCUUUAGGAUAAUUUCCUAUGAUAGUAGAAAGUGGGAUCUUGGGCAAACCUUUUGUUCAUUCCUGGAAAGCCUAUACUUUGUGAACAUGUAUGGGAGUAUUCUCAUCUCAUUGUGCAUAUGUGUGGAUAGAUACAUUGCUAUCCUGCACCCUUUUGCAGCGGUGAUCUUGAGAUCUCCCAGAAAAGCUGCUAUAACUUGUGUGAUUAUUUCAGCAGGAGUCUGGGCUGGGACAGCAUGUACCUUCCAAUUCCAUAACAAGGAUACUCCCCCAGUUUGUUUCCAUGGCUUUUCUGAAGCUACUUGGGAAAAUGUAAUCUUGCUCGUCGUUUUGGAGACAGUCUUACUAAGCAGCACAAUCACUGUAAUCUUUUGUUCAGUUCGGAUCAUUGUAUGUCUACGGAGGAGCCAAAAGCCAGACAGUCCUUUCACAAUCAAAAGCAAGUCGCUGAAAAUAAUUGUUGCAAAUCUCAUUAUAUUCCUAAUCUGCUUUGUUCCUUAUCACCUGGCUCUGGUAUUGUACUAUCUUGUGAUGAAUUGUAUUCUAAAUGAUCCUCAUGAAGCCAUUCUCACAUUUCUUCAGGUAACCCUGACCUGUGCUAACCUCAACUGCUUUCUAGAUGGAUUCUGCUUUUAUUUUGUCUUCAAGGAGUCUGUAAAGCUGGCUUCGGUUGAGAGUAAUACAAUUAAUUAA